AUAUCUAUAUCAGAGUUUCUCAACCACCACCCUAGUGACAUUUUGAACUGGAAAUUUUGUUAUUGUGGGGCGUUACACUGUAUAUAGUAGAAUGUUUAGUAACAUCCCAGGCCUCCAUUAGAUACUAAUAAUACCCUUCUCCUAGCUGUGACAUCCAAAAUAUCCCAGACAUUGACAAGUGUUCUUUGGGGAGUAAAUUUUCACCUAUUGAUAAGAAGUUAGAUUUCUCUUCCUCUUCCUCUUUCCUUCUCUCCCUUUCCCUCUCUCUCUCUCUAUUACCUAUGCUUUAUUUGUGGGAAGUGAGUUUCCUUUCAAAUAUGGAAAAACAUAAUCUAACAAUGCUGAAUGAAUUCAUUCUGAUGGGAAUCACAUACCGCCCUGAGCUGCAGGCUCCGUUGUUCGGACUGUUCCUCAUCAUCUACAUGAUGUCAGUGGUGGGCAACUUGGGCAUCAUCAUCCUCACCAUGAUAGACUCCAAGCUACAAACACCCAUGUACUUUUUUCUCAGACACCUGGCUAUCACUGAUCUUGGUUACUCAACAACUGUAGGACCCAAAAUGUUAGUAAACUUUCUUGUGGAUGAAAAUACAGUCUCCUACUAUUUUUGUGCUACACAGCUAGCUUCCUUUAUUAUGUUCAUGAUUAGUGAACUAUAUAUUCUGUCAGCAAUGUCCUACGACCGCUAUGCGGCCAUCUGUAACCCUCUGCUCUACACAGUCAUCAUGUCACAGAGGACGUGUUGGGUGCUGGUGACAAUCCCCUAUCUCUAUGGCACAUUUGUUUCUCUUCUGGUCACCAUGAAGAUUUUUAAUUUAUCCUUCUGUGGCUACAACGUCAUCAGGCAUUUCUACUGUGACUGUCUCCCUUUGUUAUCUUUGCUCUGCUCAAACAAACAUGAUAUCGAAUUGAUCAUUCUUAUCUUUGCAGCUUUUGAUUGUAUUUCAUCAUUCCUAAUAGUUGUUGUUUGUUAUCUGCUUGUUCUAGCAGCCAUUCUCAGGAUGAACUCAGCUGAGGGCAGGCACAAGGCCUUUUCCACCUGUGGAUCCCACCUGACGGUGGUGGUCGUGUUCUAUGGGACUUUAACAUUUAUGUACAUGCAGCGCAAGUCCAGUCAUUCCAUUAACAUUGACAAAGUGGCUUCCAUAUUUUACACCCUGGUUAUUCCCAUGUUGAAUCCCUUGAUUUAUAGCUUGAGGAACAAAAAUGUAAAAUUUGCCCUACAUAGGACAUGGAAAAAAAUAUGCAAUAUCUUUUCUACAGUUUAA